AUGGAUAAGGAUCAGAGCACAAAACUUAGAAAAGGAUCUAAACCUAGGCAUUAUUUCCCACGAGAUUUCUUUGGAGACGAUGUUCAGGAAAAUCUUCACCUGAUGCUUCCAAAUUUCAGGAGAAAGAGAAGACAAGUCAAGAGCGUAGACACAGCCAAAGAUGUCGUUGUCAAGAAUUCUCAGGAGUUUGUCAAGUCCUCGAAGAAUAUUUCUGAAAGUCUUCACAUCAGAAGGGCUAGUCAGAGAGGAAAUAAAUUUUAUCAGAGCCCUGAGUUACUCUCUAUCAUGCCUGGAAGCUUUAUGAGGAGGAACUUCUCUGAGCAGAAGGAUGGUCAACAUGAGUUCAAGAGAUCAGCCAGGAAUCUCUACUCUAAACCGCUCUCUUUAAUGUCGAGCAUGAAAAAAAUUUAAUGCAGAUUUGGAAGAUCUUCCCUCUACUUAUUCUAAGCCUAAGGCUGCUAAGAAUCUUAUGAAAUUUUACCCAAAAGUGAGCUCUUAUUCAGCCAUGAAGCCAGAUGAAAUCAAGAAGAAGUUCUUCUUUAGUAAGAGGAAGAAGUUAGACUUCAAUAAUCUUCCCCAAAACCUUGAGCUUGGUCCAGGUCUAAUAGAGUUUCAAGAGUGUAAAGAUCUUCCGCAAAUUUUGAAGAAGCCUCAUCAUAGUAGAAAGAUUAUCUUACCUAACCUGAAUGAAAUGGGUAAAUGCCAGAAAGUAGCCCUCAAGAACAAAUUUGAGCUAGGAUCAGUGCCGUCUUCUCCUGGUAUUACUCUUUCAGAACAGAAAUCAUGAUCCGUUAAAGCAUCAAGCAACAUGAUGUUUCUCUCAAAGUGAGAAAAAGGACUAUUUAAACCAUGGGGGCCAUUGUCCAAUGCCAAACAUUGCACGAAGGAAGAAAUGGGGACAACCGCUUAUUUUGGAGGAAAAUAAUAUGUAAAUUAAUUAUUG